AUGAAGCGUGCAACGAGCGCAUCCGUUGCGGCCGCUACGGCAGCCGCGACGCAAGUGCACCACCAGGCCAGGAUCCAGGAGUUAUUCUCUGCUGGAUCGAUGUCGACGGCGGCGGCGGCGGCGACGACGACGAUGACGGCGACGUCAACGACGACGAGUACGAGCACGACGACGGCGACGAUCGUCAGCUCCUGCACAGACGAGCUGGAUAAGCAAAUCACAACGAUAUCCUCCCGGCUCGAGCCGAAGGGCUCGCCAAAGAUUAGUCCCGGUACGGGCGACGACAACAAGGCUAAGUCCACGAUGUCGCGACUAUUAGCCGUCGAUUCCGACAACUACAUGCUGCGCAAGGGCGCCGCGACGGCGAUAACGGCGGCGACCAACGGCGCCGCGGCGCCGUCGUCUACCACCUCCUCGUCAUCGUCGUCAUCCUCGUCGUCGUUGAACGGUUCAACGUUCGUUGGCGCCAACUUUGGCCCGACACAGAGUACUAUACUGAGCCGACUUUCGGCCGUAGAUCAAUAUCAUUUCUGGCCUUAUACACGGUCAAUCCUGAGACGAGAACAGCCUCGGAACAGAAUAUGGUUGCAUGGGAGUACUGGUCACCGAGACUGGCACAAUACUGAUCUAGCGGUUUAUCCGUACUGGGGCAGUGCCACCCAUCAAGUCUUGGCAGCCAAUAUUGUGCCACUUCUGGGCCAUGCGGACAACUCUGGCAGAAGUCCGACAUUCGCACAUGG